GGCCUGGGUUUCAGCCCCCCCGCGCACUCCUGUAACGACUGGAUCGGGCCCCCCGACAAGCACUCCAACCUGCGCCCGGUCAUCUUUUAUGUGCCCCCCGAGGAGUCGCCCCUGGAGCGGCGGCUGCGGGAGGCGCGGCAGGAGGCCCAGGCCUGCGACCAGCGCUUCUGGGCACGGCACAACCGCGCCUUCCGCCAGGAAAAAGAAGAAUUUAUUUGUUCGAGACUGAAAGCCAAGGGUCUGGAAAUGCGAGAUGAAACAGGUCAAAAAGCAGCACUGAAUGCAGAAGAAAUGGCCGACUUUUACAAAGACUUUCUAAGUAAAAAUUUUAGAAAGCAUAUGCAGUACAACAGAGAUUGGUAUAAACGUAACUUUACUAUCACAUUCCUCAUGGGACAAGUAGCACUGGCGAGAGCUCUGAGGUGGCUUCGUUGGAAAAAGAAAAGUGUUGGAAAUUAA